CCUUCCCUUCUCCGCCACCAUUACGAAGCUUCCAAGUCAAUCACCAAGUCCUCCUUCUUGACUUUCUCCAAAAAAACAUAUUUUAAGAAAAUAAUUAAUUUUUGGACUUUUCCUCUCUCUCUCUCUACCUUCUUCCGUCGUUCACCAAACCGUGUGGUUGAACUUGAAUCACUCAUUCUCUCGCUUCCGCAGCAGCGGAGACGGCGGCGGCGGCGGCGGCGGAGGAGUCCAGAUGACGCAUCCAUCGGGAGUGAACCUCGACAAGUUCUUCGAAGACGUCGAAUCCGUGAAAGAGGAGUUAGCGGAGCUAGAUCGGCUCAACGAAGCGCUCCGAACCUCUCACGAGCACAGCAAGACGCUUCACAAUGCCGAAGCCGUCAAGGAUCUCCGCGCGAAGAUGGACGCCGACGUGGGAGUAGCUCUGAAGAAAGCGAAGAUGAUCAAGGUGAAACUCGAGGCGCUCGAUCGCUCCAACGCCGCCAAUCGGAGCCUCCCUGGCUGUGGACCUGGAUCCUCCUCGGAUCGUACUCGGACCUCCGUCCUCAACGGUCUGAGGAAGAAGCUGAAGGACUCCAUGGAUAGUUUCAACCGCUUGAGGGAGCUGAUCUCGUCUGAGUAUAGGGAUACUGUGCAGAGGAGGUACUUUACUGUCACCGGCGAGAAUCCGGAUGAGAGGACUUUAGAUCGGUUGAUCUCUACAGGGGAAAGUGAAAGAUUCUUGCAGAAAGCAAUACAAGAACAAGGAAGAGGACGUGUCUUAGACACCAUCAACGAGAUCCAAGAAAGGCAUGACGCUGUUAAAGACAUUGAGAAGAAUCUGAGGGAGCUUCACCAAGUGUUUCUAGACAUGGCGGUGCUGGUCGAGCACCAAGGAGCUCAGCUGGACGACAUCGAGAGCCACGUGGGCCGAGCUAGCUCCUUUAUCCGAGGAGGAACUGAGCAGCUGCAAACCGCUCGGGUUUACCAGAAGAACACACGUAAAUGGACAUGUUACGCUAUUCUCAUUCUCAUCAUCAUUAUUGUUGUUGUGGUUCUUGUUGUUGUUAAACCAUGGAACAACAAUGGAGGUGGUGGUGGUGGUGGUGGUGGUGGAGGAGGAAAUCAGCCAACUUCAGGUCAAGGUACACCACCAAGUCCUCCUCAGGCUAGGCGUCUUCUAUUGCGUUGAAGUGAGUUUGGUAAUUUGCAAAUCUAUUCUUGAAACCUUUUUAAUCAAACCACAGUAGAUGAUUUCCUUUGUAUCUAUGAUUCUAUGUUACUAUUAUUUUGGUGCACUUUAUUUGAUUUGAUGUUUCUUGUUGUGUUUGGCUGAGGUAUAGUCUUCACCUUGAAGUAGCGUCAGUACAUUAUAUAAUGAAAGAGACGCACUUAAUCGUA